CCCAGCUUGGGGUUGGCCAGGUGCUUCUAGAAGAUGCCAGAAGACCUCAGCCUCCUGAAUCUGCUGAGAUGGCAGGCGGGGACAGCAGAGCCCGGCCUCCGCCUUUGGCUUUCAGUGCUGAAAUCCUGGCCGGUUGGUUGACCUGGGUUCUGGAACGUCGGGGAACGCGGUAGAGGGGAUGGCUGUCCCCGAAGGCGGGGCGGGGUCCCCACCCCGGGGUCCCGGCCAGGGGCCGGAGGAAGAGGAGGCGCAGGACCCCGGCCAGCACGGCUGGCUGAGGAAGGCCCGGGAAUUCUUCCAGACCUGCGACCCGGAGGGAAAAGGCUUCAUCGCCAGACAAGACCUGCAGAAGCUUGGGCAGGAGCUGCCCCUGAGCCUGGCGGAGCUGGAGGCUGUGUUCAGCGCCCUGGACGCCGACGGCGAUGGCUUCCUGACUCCGGAGGAGUUCACCACCGGGUUUAGCCAUUUCUUCAGCCAGAACUCACCGGAAGGGGCGGGCCGCGCCCUGCUGUGCGAGGAGAAGGUGUACCAGUCCCCGGGGGACGGGGGAGGCGCGGGCCAGGACGAGGAAGCCCAGCUCCACAUGCUGAUGGACAAACUCCGAGCCCAGAACGUUCUAGAAGACGAAGGUGGCGUCAGACAGCUCUGGCUGCGGCUGAGGAAGGAGCCACACUUGCGGUCGGGCUUGGAAGACUUCCUGUCCAGAAUCCUCUCGCAGCUCCAGGAGGCUCAGGAGGAGAAGAGCGAGCUGGAGGGCGCACUGCAAAGGAAGAUUGCCGCUUACGACGAUGAGAUUCAGCACCUGUACGAGGAGAUGGAGGAGCAGAUACAGAAGGAGCGAGAGCAGUUCCUGCUGAAGGACAGGGAGAGGUUCGAGGCUCAGAGUCGGGAGCUGGAAAGGCAGCUGCAGAUCAAGGAGCAGGAGCUGGAGAGACUCCACCAGAAGCAGAGCCAGCUGAAAGGCCGGUGCGCGGCCCUGCAAAGCGACGGCCACCAACGCAGCUCUGAGAACGCCCGGCUGAAGCUGAGCAACCAGGAGCUGGCGGCCGAGCUGGACAGGACCAGCCAUGAGCUGCGAGAGGCCCAAGCGCAGCUGGAGAGCCUGCAGCACGAGGCCCGCCGGCUGCACCGGGAGAAGGAGAUGGAAGUGUAUCGCGUGUCAGAGAGCCUGCAGCGCGAGAAGUUGGGGCUCCUGAAGCAGCUGGAUUUCCUGAGGGAAAGGAACAAACACCUGCGGGAUGAGCGUGACGAGCGUGACGCGCGUGUGCAGGGGGACAAGGCGUCCAGGGCAAAGGCGGCGGCCUCUAAGGCCAGCUGGAAGCAGAGGUCCGGCUCGGUGAUCGGCAAAUACCUGGACGGCCGAGGGCUGCUCCGGAGGUAGGCCGACA